AUGGCAGUGGAUGUUCCUGGACUGGUGGCUGUGGUGGCUUUUUAUCUCGUCAUCCUCUUCAUCGGAAUAUGGGGAUCUCGAAAAUCCAGAAAAGUCGAGAAGACAUGUGACGGCAGCAAGAGCGAAGUCACCAUCGUAGGAGGCCGCAAUAUCAAUAUCGUUGUUGGAGUUUUUACGAUGACAGCAACAUGGGUUGGAGGAGGUUACAUAAUGGGAACCUCAGAGGCUGUCUACGCUCCUUCCAAAGGCCUCGUUUGGGCUUUGGGACUUCCUGCUUAUGCCAUGAAUUUUAUUUUUGGAGGACUGGUUUUUGCAAAACCUAUGAGGUCCAAGCGUUAUGUGACCAUGUUGGACCCCUUUCAGAAACUCUACGGUAAUGCAUUCACGGCCCUGCUCCUGCUCCCUGUUUUAAUGAGUGACAUUUUGUGGGUCGCCGGCGUCCUUGCUGCUCUGGGAGGAACAAUGAGCAUCAUUCUUGGCCUGUCAACCUCCAUCUCCAUCGUCAUCUCAGCAGUCAUCUCAAUCGUGUACACAUUUCUGGGGGGUCUCUACUCCGUUGCAUAUACUGAUAUCGUUCAGCUUUGUUUCAUCUUUGUCAGCAUGUGGCUUUGUGUUCCUUUUGUGGUGCUGAGUCCUGCGGUCACUGACAACUUGCAAACGUCCUACUUAAAUCACUCGAAUGGAACGACCUGGCUUGGCGAGCUGCAGCUGGCAGAUGCUGGGAAAUGGACGGAUGAGUUGCUGAUAUUGGGUUUAGGUGGACUGGCAUAUCAAGCUCUCUACCAGAGAAUCCUGUCUGCAGCCUCUGCUACUCGGGCUCAAAUCUCCUGUCUAAUAGCGUCUGUGGUGGUUUUCGUUAUGGGAUUACCCUCAGUGAUCAUAGGAGUUAUGGCCGCUGCUGCAGAUUGGAACCAGACGGCGUACGGCCUCCCCCCUCCUUUUGAGCGGGGGGAUGAAGGGAAGAUCCUGCCCCUCGCCCUGCAGAACCUCGCUCCUACGUGGGUCUCGGUGGUGGGCAUCGCCUCUCUGGCUGCAGCCGUCAUGUCCUCCAUGGACUCUGCUCUGUUGUCCUCGGCAUCUGUUUUCACGCAAAAUAUCUACAAGACAACUUUGAGGAAGAUGGCCUCGGAGAGGGAGCUCCAGUGGGUGAUCCGUGUGAGCGUCCUGCUGCUGGGCGUGGCCGGCACCGGCCUGGCGUUUGGAGACGACAGCGUUCUGGCCUUCUGGUUAUUAAGCGGAGACUUCAUCUACUGCAUGGUGUUCCCGCAGCUCAUCUGUGUGCUCUUCUUCCGCUACGCCAACACCUACGGCGCCUACUGCGGCUACGUUCUGGGUCUGGGGCUGCGUCUGAUGAGCGGGGAGCCCUUACUGUCCAUCCCUCCUGUGAUUCUCUACCCCGGCUGGAGGGUAGAAAAUGGAGACAUUAUUCAGUAUUUUCCUUUCAGAACUGUUGCCAUGCUCAUCUCUCUGGCAGCUGUUAUCGCGGUGUCCACGCUGGUACACCUGGGCUUCCGGUGCAGACUCAUUCCUCAGUCAUGGGAUAUACUGAAAGCGUUUGAAGAGAAAACCGAGAGCCAGCUGGAAGAAAUGCCUGUCCCAUGUGAGGAAGAAAAUAAAACAAUUCAGACAAAGUUAUAA